AUUCUAUGCCUUCAUCAUCGAUCUUUCCUUUGUGCUGACUUUCAUUAGUUUUGAAUAAAAUAAAAUUUAAGUGAACCAAGAGGUUCUACAAUCUGGACGCUAAAGCCCCUUGGUUAUCAAAAGUGGAAAAACAAAAAGAAUAUAAAGAAGAAAAAAGAUUCCAACUUCUCUGCUUUCAUUCCCAUGGCGUCUCCCAAUAGCUCUCUGAAAAUACUUGAGGUCUGCAAAGUCGCUCCGCCACCAUCUUCACAUAAGUCCUCUUUCCCUCUCACCUUCUUCGACUUGCUUUGGCUUAGACUUCAUCCUGUUGAGCGUCUCUUCUUCUUCCCUGUUCCUCACUUAAACUCUUCUUCCUUCUUCCAUUCCAUCGUCCCAAAGCUCAAACGCUCCCUCUCUCUCGUUCUCUAUCACUUUCUUCCUCUCGCCGGUAACAUCGUCUGGCCCUCCGAUGACUCACUCAAACCCAUCGCCCAAUACUCUCCCGGCGACGCAGUCUCUCUCACCAUAGCAGUGUCUGAUUCUGACAUGACCAAUCUCAUUGAUAACUCUCCUCGUGAGGCCGUGCAGUGUCGUCCUUUCAUACCGAAUUUAGAGUCACGUGAUUCAUCUGCUUCGGCUCUUUCACUGCAAAUCACUCUGUUUCCCAACAGUGGAUUUUGCAUAGGCAUGAGCUCACACCAUGCCUGUUUGGAUGGAAAAUCUUCAUCUAUGUUCAUCAAGGCCUGGGCUUAUCUAUGUCGAAUGACAGAAGCUGAUGAUGCAGAAAGUGAAUCUUCUUCUUCUGGUUUGCUUCCUCCAGAACUACAACCAUUCUUAGACAGGGAAGUUAUCCUCGAUCCACGUGGCCUUGCAGUCGCAUACAUUAAUGGAUGGUCAGGUUUAGAUCCCACUGGUCAGACUCAGAAGAACCGGCCAAGCUUGAAGAUUCUGUCCGACAUGUUCCCACUGAUAGUGGAUGACUCGGCUCGAGCCAUAUUCGAGCUGAAACGAGGAGAUCUAAACAAGAUAAAGGAAAGAGUGUUGCAGAAGUGGGAGAUCAAUCACAAGGCGACAGAAGAAGAAAGAGAAGACUCAUCAUCAUCACUUUCAAAGCCUCCAACUUUAUCAGCCUUUGUACUUACAGCAUCUUAUGUUCUGGUCUGCAUUGCAAAAGCCAUUGAAAGAACUUGCGAGAACAAGACAAGGAAACUGUUAUUCUGUUUCCCAGCUGAUUGUAGGUCAAGGUUAGAGCCUCCAAUUCCUGAAAACUAUUUUGGAAAUUGCGUGAUGCCCAACAUAAUAGAAACACGAGAGGAAGACUUCACCGACGACGGUGAUGGGGUGGUCAUCGUUGCCAAGAAAAUACACACAAAGAUCAGGAAAAUACAGAGAGAGAGAGGAGCGCUUGAAGGAGCAGAGACACUGUUUUGUAGGUAUUCUUUGGAAUCUGGGGAAGAAAUUGAAAUUCAGUACAUAGCAGUGGCCGGGUCGAACCGGUUUGGGGUUUAUGAGACUGACUUUGGGUGGGGAAGGCCUGAGAAAGUGGAGAUAACUUCGGUGGACAAGAAUAUAACAAUGGCCUUGGCAGAGAGUAAAGAUGGUAAUGGAGGUGUUGAAGUUGGACUCGUUUUGAAGAAGAAUGUGAUGGAUCGAUUUGCUUCCUUGUUUCAAACAGAGAUGGAGUCUAUCUGAUCUCUGUUAUAGGAUGAGAUUUGCAGAGAGACUGAUCAAGAAAGAAGUGGAUUAUAAACCCUGAAUCAUCCGUUAGCCGAAACCAUAGAGAAGAAGAUUAGUGAUUAUUUAAUUUGAUAAUUCUGAAGAUUUCAAUCAUGUUAUAUCAAAUUUAACUCUGGGCAAUGUAAUUGGGGGAAAAAACGGAAAAAACAAAAGAAAUUUAGAAAAGCUAACGUAAUUUGGGUAACGCAUUAGAAUUUGCCCUGUAGGGGGUUGAAUUUACUUCAGAGCUUAACGUGGGUCUAAGUGUUGUGGCUUCGCUUUAUGUCAAUUUCAUGAUUCACGUAACAAUAAAAUAAAAAUAGGUUCUUCCGUGAAUUCCAAGUGAUGGGAUGGGAUCAACUAAA